AUGACGCGCAGAAGAGCUUUGGAUGCCAUCUUUCCCUGGGGCUCGGACAGCGAAAGCACAGGUGAGGAUGUUGAGCAACCAUUGGAACCUGUGGCGCAGACGCUCACAAAGCAGCUAAGUCGUCCAAAGCUGGCAGUUGGAAUCACGUUCAACUUGGUUCCUCAUGGUUGCCAAGCAGGACAAGUCCUGCUUCGUUGCCAAAAUGCAAUACAGAAGCUUCGUGUGGAGAAUGGUGGGGAAUCCUUAGCCAUUUACAAGAUUGGCAUAACACAUGACUACAGCGACCGCUUUGAGCUGUACGAAGCAAACGGCUGGACCACAAUGCUCAUUAUGAUCGAGAGUUCAGACCUUGGUUUUGUUGAGAUGCUUGAAGCUGCUUUGAUCUCUCAUCACAGAGGUUCUUCCCGGCUGGCUGAAUUCUGGGAGCGCUUCCGUGGCGAAGAGCCAACUCACGAAGUUUUCGAUCAUGGGCAUUUCAUCGACUACAGCUCCCUAGAGUUCACUGCUGAGCCACGUUGGCUUAGUACGUGUGGUGCAAACAAUGCCCUUCCGUGGACCAAUACACCUCCCUGGUUUGAUCACCUCCCUGCACAACUGUACGAGGAUCGCGGCAGGUUCUUCAAGCUGGACCUACUUCAUAUUUUCCAUUUGGGUGUGGGAAGAGACUUCGCAGGUAGCAGUUUGAGCGUGCUUUUGGAACAGAUCUACCAGGGCGACACCUUCCCAGAGAAACUUCAGGCCAUGAACGAUGGCUUGAGGGCAUUUUGUGCUUCGACGGGCAAACAGAUUCACUUCAAGCUUUUGACGCGUGAGCUUUUGGGAUUUACAGGAUACAGUAAGUAUCCUACAGGACAUUGGAACAAGGCGAGCGACACGCCAGUUCUGGUGGAGUUCGUUUUCUGGAUACUUCAGCAACACGCAGCCGAGCUUGCUCAAUCUCGCAUGCUACAGGUUAUGUCUUCGGCGAGCGAAGCAGUUGGAAUCUUUAUGCGGGAGCUUUUGCGGGCUCCGCUUUGGCUUUCGCCGCAGCAAGCACAAAGAGCUGGAGAUGCAUCCCUACACUUUUUACAAUGCUAUGCUAAACUGGUCAAAAUCUUUUACCAGAAGAACGAGUGCAAGUACAAUCUGGAUGAAGACUUUAUUGGCCGUGUGAGCAGACUAAGCAGUACCAACUCUCAGAUUCGAAGUGAUCUUGUGGAAGUGGGGUUCUUUGCUUCUGAGCUCCUGGCUCAGAGCGCAGAAGACGAUGCCGUCGAGGCAAACAGAAGCGGCUGA